UGUACCGGGUAUCUCAUCUUGUCGUUAGAGAUGACAGAAGAUGGGAAGUUUCGAAUUGAGAAAUUCGAUGGUACAGAUUUCAGUUGGUGGAGAGUGCAAAUUGAAGAUUUGUUGGUUCAGAAAGAUUUGGACGUGGUAUUAGGUGACAAGCCAGAAAAGAUGUCAGAUGCAGAUUGGGCAGGUUUGGAUCGGAAAGCAAUGUCCGUGAUCCGACUCUCGUUGACCAAGAAUGUUGCAUUCAACAUUCUGAAGGAGACGACAGCAAAAGGCAUCAUGGAAGCACUGUCUAACAUGUACGAGAAGCCAUCUGCGGCAAACAAAGUGUUUCUGAUUAGAGAAUUUGUGAACACAAGGAUGAAAGAAGGCACUUCAGUUACCGAGCAUAUCAACAAGUUAAAUUCGAUCUUAGCCAGACUUUUGUCAGUGGGCAUUAAGUUCGAUGAUGAAGUUCAAGCUUUACUAUUGUUAUCGUCAUUUCCUGACAGUUGGUCCGGAACUGUUACAGCAGUUACCAGUUCAGCGGGACCUGACCGAUUCACUUUUGAGAAGAUUCGUGAUCUCGUUCUUGGCGAAGAUGUCAGAAGAAGGAGUUCUGGUGAGUCUUCUGGAGAAUCACUAAAUAUCGUCAGAGGUAGAAGAAAUAACAGAGGUAGUGGGAGCAAGAAUAGACGAAGGAGUCAAUCGAAGACUCGAGAUAGCUCAGGCGUAACAUGCUGGAAGUGCAAGGAGGUGGGGCAUUUCAAGAAUCAAUGCCCAAAAGAGGAUAAGCAAGUAAACAUUCUUUUUUUCGACGAAGUGGGAGGAUAUUGGUGCCUAUUUUACAAACCAUAAGGGGCAUCACCGCUUACUAUCCUAUUUUCCCUUCCCUUGUAAUUUCUUUUUAAAUUUAAUCUUUAUCAUAUUUUAAAAUUUCAAAAAUGUUUGGGUUUGAAAAAAAUAACUUAUUGAAAUAACAUACAAAUAACGGU